ACAAAUUCCCAUCGACAGUAUCUGAGGCAUUCCAAAUCUCGGACUAUGAUCUCUGCAGAAAUUUGAGUGUGGUAUUGGGCGAGAAUCGAAGAGGUUUUGUUCUAAAAAUUCGAUACCUUAAGCUCAAACGCGAUGAAUCCGAACUCCGUUGCCCUUCAACUUUCCAUUGCCAAAACCUCCACUUUGCUCUUGCUUCGAAGAUCGGUCGACCUUUCGCCCUCUUUCUCCGGCGAGAAAUUUCACCGCACUAGAGCGAAGGCAUGCUCUUUGGAGUUUUCUAGUUCACAAUCCAGUCCGCGCAAACAUCUGGUGCAGGGAUCCGUCUCUCCGAAGUUCACGAGCCAUUUCGAGCUAGAAGAUUCAGGGGAAGCUCCGAUCACGCCUACCCUGGAUCUUGAGCAAAGCAAGUUCGAUGAUGUUCUGAAAAUUUUGAAGAGAGCAAAUUCCUUUAUCCCCCACAUAGUACUGGCAAGUACUGUACUGGCUUUAGUUUAUCCACGGUCUUUUACGUGGUUCACAACCAGGUAUUAUGCGCCAGCGUUGGGUUUUUUGAUGUUUGCUGUUGGUGUUAACUCAAGUCCCAAGGAUUUUAUGCAAGCUAUUAGAAGACCGGAAGUUAUUGCUGUUGGAUAUUUUGGACAGUUCAUCAUAAAGCCUAUCCUUGGUUACAUUGUUGGCGUUAUUGCAGUUUCACUUUUGAAUCUUCCUAAUUCCUUAGGUGCGGGGAUCAUGCUAGUUUCAUGUGUUAGUGGAGCACAGUUGUCAAACUAUGCAACUUUUCUGACAGAUCCACAUAUGGCCCCUCUAAGCAUUGUCAUGACAUCUUUGUCAACUGCCACAGCUGUUUUUGUAACUCCUACUCUAUCAUUGUUGCUCAUUGGCAAGAAAUUGCCCGUGGAUGUUAUUGGAAUGAUGUCCAGUAUUAUGCAGAUAGUUGUUGCACCUAUUGCGGCAGGAUUGCUUUUGAACAGGUUUCUUCCCAGUUUUUGUGCAGCUAUUCAACCCUUUCUUCCACCUCUUUCUGUUUUAGUGACAGCCCUUUGUGUUGGUUCUCCCUUGGCAAUAAACAUAAAUGCAGUCAUCUCUCCUUUUGGAGUAGCAGUUUUGCUUCUCAUUUUUGGAUUUCAUGCAUCUGCUUUUAUAGCUGGAUAUGGCCUUUCUGGUUUGGUAUUCAACAAGGAUGAUGAUGUAAAAGCACUUCAACGUACCAUUUCAUAUGAGACAGGGAUGCAAAGCAGUCUUCUAGCCCUUGCACUUGCCAACAGAUUUUUCCAGGAUCCGCUAGUAGGGGUUCCUCCUGCGAUAUCUGUAGUGCUGAUGUCUCUAAUGGGAUUUGCACUAGUCCUAUUGUGGUCCAAGAAGCCAUCGCAGCAUUAGUAUGAAAAGUUUUCUUCAACAUGUUUAAGGCUAUGAAUCCUGGUAAUUAAACCGCUUUUGCAAAUCUUUAUAUUUUUUUUUUGUGCUGUUGUAAACACAAUAAUAGGUAUUGAUGUAGAUUAUGUAUUUCGGCUCGGAUUUAGAUUGUAGAGAAUAACGGUAAUGUGUAUUAGUCUUAAUUGAGAAUUAGGAUGGUUGGGAACAAAUUCUGGAAUUUUGCAAACUUUGAGACAUAAAUUGGCUAAAGUGUCUUCACUAUUCUAUUCUA